GAGGGUCGGGGCGGGGGUAGAGGCGCGCGGGGCCACCGCCAGGAGGAUCAGACCCUGGCGGCGGCCGCCUCAACACUCUUCCUCACCAACAACCGUUUGCUUGCAAGUAUUGUCUUGGAGAAUCUCGGGAGAAGUUAACGUCUGAGUGGCUUAUGUGUUAGCUGAGGAAAUGUUUCACACUGGAAAUUACGGCAAAGAGCCCAGCAGAGGAUGGAGGGGCGGUUAUGGAAGAGGUUCACGAGGAGGAAGAGGGCGAGGCAGAGGGAGACAGAACAAUCAAGAGGCAGUUGGGCAUGCAUUAGCAAAUUUAAAUGUAAAUGAAGAGGUACCUGAAGGGUUAAUAGAGCCGUGUAAAGUGUAUGUUGGAAAUUUGCGUCAAAGGGUUGGUGAGAAGGACCUGCAUAAGGCACUGUCGCACUAUGUUCCUGUGGUGAAGGCUAUCAUUAUCAAAGAUAAGAUCACUAAGCGAAGUAGAGGAUAUGGUUUCGUUACGGUUGGAACAGAGGAAGAUGUGCAGACGUUAUUAAACUUAAAGGAUGGGCAUCGUUACAUCCAAGGACAAGAAAUGGUUAUAAGACCAGCGAAAAAACGAGUUGUUGUUCCUGGAGAUGACGAUUUUGUGCGUCGACCUUUUCCUGAUCGGGACUUUGAUUUGAGCCAACCUGAUCCAAACCAACCAUCCAUUCACAUGCUGGUAGAUGAUGUUCUUUAUAAAAUCAUGGAAUAUUUAUCGGUUCCAGAAUUAGUCCGUUGUGAAAGAGUGUGUCGACGGUGGCAGAUGCUGGUUCAUGGGAUGUUCACAAAAAUGAACUCUUUGGAAAUAGCACCAGGCAAAUUAGGGCUGUUUGGUCCAGUAACAGGUGCCAUACUUGGCAAGCUGCUGUUGCUUGCUGGUCCCACACUAAAGUCACUCAAGGUACAGAGUGUGGACUACUGCAGUAGACGAAAUGUCUUGAAAAUAAUUGGGCAGUUGUGUCCUGUACUUCAGUGUCUUGAUGUCACCCAAGCUCUUGGUAUAAACUUCCAGAACAUUAGUGCUCUAAAAGUCAGCUGUAGAAAUCUUAAAAGCUUCAUUGCAAAGAAAUGCCCAGAAUUUGGUGAAAAGGCACUACAGCAGCUUCUUGCUAGUUAUCCAGAAUUAGAACGACUUGAUAUAUCUGGCUGUUCAGUAACUGGCAAGUGUUUAAAUAUCCUUCCAACUACCCUCAAGGAACUUGUUAUAUCCAACUGUCUAAAUAUUGGUCCUUCGUAUCUGAAGGAAAUCGGUAGCCGAUGCCCACUUAUGUCGAUACUUGAGAUGGAUGAGUGUGUGGUCUCGGAAGAGGUGCUUGAACACAUUGGAAUGAAUUGUCCCAACAUUAAAAGGCUCUCCGUAUCAAUCAGGAUUCCAACGGUCAAUGAUUCUUUGGUCCACUUCAAGAAGCUAAAGGAUUUAGCUGUUGAUACAGCGCACAUAACCCUACCAAAUAUUCUGGAAAAUAUGCCUGAUCUUGAAACCCUUGCUAUUGUGGAUAAGGUGAACCCGGGUGGAGAGACUGACUUUUCCAUUUUGAAAAAGUUGAAGGCUGUGAUUUUCUACCAUCUUGCUUUAACAUCUUCAUCUCUAAGAAGCUUAGCAAAGUGUCCUUCCUUGGAGACGGUCCACCUGCAGAAUUGUACGAAUGUUACUAAUGAGAUUCUCCUAGACAUUCUUCGAGGUUGUGCCAGUAUAAAGAAGAUACGCUGCCCAAAUGUGGAUUUGAAUUUGAGCUUCAUUUCAACUGCCAACAAAAUUAUGGAGGGGAGAUCGGGCAAAGUUGUGAUUGAAGUUCGUGCUGAUUCACUAUCCGCCAAGGAACUUUUGGAAGCCCAAUAUGACAAUACAAAGAUAGCAUUUGAUAUCAUAUCUUGCUUUCCAUUUCUUGAUGACUUCUGUGAUGAUGGAGAUGAUGAAUCGUUAUAUUCUGAUGGGAGCUUUGAUGAUUUCUGGAUGUAUGGCUAUGAUAGUGACCAUAGUCUUCCAGAUGCACUGUUUUAUGGCGAUCAUCUGGAUUUCCUCCAUAAUCCAUUUGAUUUGUAUGGUUUUGGGGAUGACUAUGAAGGAGACUCGGACUUCAGCAACUGAAGAUGUUAGAUAUGUUAACAUUACUCUAAUCCUUAAACAUUCAUUUUAGUGUUUAUUGUGCUCAAUAACACUAAUAAUUUACACUGUGAUGUUCUUAUUUUACAAUGUUGUUGGAACCAGUUUUCCAUAAACCAUGUCUUAUAUUGAAAACAUAAUUUAGAAUUAUCACUGAUAAAACUUUUCCCUGCAUUAAUGUUGACCUAUCUGGUGUAAUUGUUAUAAGCGAUCAUACAAAGUACUUGUGGCUUAGUCCUCAAUAGUAAUUACAAGUAUUUGUUGUGAAGGAGGCAAAGAUUACAUUGACAGUGCUUAUGCAAGUUAAAGAAAAUUUGAAUGUAAUAUACUAAGUAUUAAGCUUUUUACUCGGUGUUUAAUUUUUUAUCCCUUAAUUACUUGUAUUGUGUAGUUAAGAGUAUUCACAUGCAGUACCUCCUAUUGUAUGAAGGGGUUGCACUUGUUAUGCUGCUAUCUUCACACGUAUUAAAUAUGUACACAUCCUUUCGUUGUGAGGCACCUCUGUAAUAUGAGCCAUAUAGGAGCUCUUUAAUUUGAAGUUGGAAUUUAAAAUGGUGAAAUAGGUUUCCAAGGAAAAGUUUAUUGUAAAAUAUGCUACCAAUUGAAACUGGUGAUUAUUUUUCAUAUGAAUACUACAUUUAAGUUCUAAAUUAGACUUUGAUUUGCGAAGUUUUGUCAGAUAUAACGAUUGUCUUUUGAGAUGUACAGAACCACAAAUGUAAAGAUGUAGAUUUUUUAAUAAAAGUUUUUAAUUUGAGUAAAAGUACUGUAGUUGUUAGAGAAUGAAGUAUAGUUGUAACUAGGUCUGUACUGUUCUCAUAUGUUGAAGCCAAAUACAUUUACUGCUGAGAUUGAUGUUACUGAAUCACUACAGAGUGAGGAGUGUUUUAAUUUUUUUAUAUUUACAACUUUUAGACCAAAAAUGUCAGGAAUAGAAAUAAAAUAUCUUCAGGAAAAAUAUGGAUAACCUUACAAACUUAAUGGUCAGAAAUGUUCUGAUAUUAAAGCCUGAAAUGAUGUAUUGAUAGUGGAGUAACAGGUACAGUAAUCAGCAUUUUUCCAUAGCAUGAAAUAAUAGGAAUCUGGUUAUGGUUUUGGCAGUUAAAAGAUGCACAAACAUUAACCAUGUAUAAGACAUUUACAUUCACAGUUGCUCUGUGUGUGCGUGUGAAAUACAUUGUAAUGACUCUGACAGCAAGAAGUUUGGAGAGCAAUUCCAGGCAUUAUGUAGCAUUACCAGUAGUGUGCGGGUGUGUACUACCGUGUUGACACAUUACCAGUAGUGUGCAGGCGUGCACUACCGUGUUGACACAUUACCAGUAGUGUGCGGGCAUGCACUACAGUGUUGACACAUUACCAGUAGUGUGCGGGCGUGCACUACUGUGUUGACACAUUACCAGUAGUGUGCGGGCGUGCACUACAGUGUUGACACAUUACCAGUAGUGUGCGGGCGUGCACUACUGUGUUGACACAUUACCAGUAGUGUGCGGGCGUGCACUACAGUGUUGACACAUUACCAGUAGUGUGCGGGCGUGCACUACUGUGUUGACACAUUACCAGUAGUGUGCGGGCGUGCACUACAGUGUUGACACAUUACCAGUAGUGUGCGGGCGUGCACUACUGUGUUGACACAUUACCAGUAGUGUGCGGGCGUGCACUACAGUGUUGACACAUUACCAGUAGUGUGCAGGCGUGCACUACUGUGUUGACACAUUAGCAGUUAAUGUUAUUUUUUGGAUAUCUUGACCUAUUAGUCUUUCUUGAGCUUUGGAAAUGUUUUUUUUACAUUUGUAUUAAAUAUCAUCCAACAAAAGGGAAAAGUUGGAAGAACAAGUUUUCGGUUUGAUGAAAUUAGUUUUUAUUAAAUUUCAGGAAUAUUAGACGUUAUAAAAAUGUAAAGAACGAGUCAAGAUUCAUAUACUGUAUUGGUAAUGUGCUAAAGUGCCUUUUUAUAAACAGGUUAUAGUAAAUUAGAAUUAUACAAGAUGAAAAGAAAUGUUGGAUAUUAGCAUUUGAAUUGAAAUUCAACACAUGAACAUUUUAAAGCAAUGUAUGACCAUGCCACAUCAGAUUGAAUAAGGAUUGGAGGGCAAGUGUGGUUAUUACUGGUAACAGUUUUGGAUUCUGAGGCUUCAUUUGGGUUCCAGGUUGAAUUGUGCCAUAUAAAGAUCUGAAUAAAUCUGGUCAUUUUGCAGUUUAGCCCAAGCAAAGGUCACUCAUAACUUGGGGGUCUUCAUAUCCCAUUUAUUUGGUAUUAAGAGGUGAAGUCUGUUGUUUACUUGACAUUACUACAGUGCUGGUACCUGAAUAUGAAACCAUGAAAUCCACUGGUACCUCUUUAUUUUUGAUAAUUCUCAUUUUUUUUUCAUAAUGCAUAGUUCCAAAGAUUUAUUAAUGUAUACAAUUUUAUACACAACUGUAACUCUACCAAAACAACAAAAAAAUUAAAAUUGUUACUCAAA